CUGACAAUAACGCAGUGACGUCACCAUUUAUGUAUAGAAUGUCUCGGUCAAGAUAUAAAACGCUAUGCACACCUCUCUAUUCACAUUCUCUCCAUAAAGUAAAUCCAUAAUGGUUAAAACUUAUUUAACAGGAUUCAUCUUGCUGUUGGGUUUAGCCAAUGCCCGCGCAGAGUGUCCGGACGGAUGGACAAUAUAUGCACACAAUUGCUACCUAUUCGGACACACACCAUAUUCCUUCCAUGAAUCACAGAAUUUCUGUGUUCAUUUUGGGGCAUCUCUUGUCAACGUUGAAUCCGACGCUGAGAACACGUUUAUACGUGGUGAAUUGAUGACUCUUAAAGCUCCACGACACUGGAUUGGUCUCACGGACGAGGUGAAUGAAGGCGUCUGGGCACUUUACCCCUCCGAAGAAGUUGCGACUUUCUUAGAUUGGAGCCAUGACCCCGUUUGGCCGCAGCCUAACGACGGCCUUAAUGCCAACUGUGUCGCCUACUUCAAUGAUCACGACUACCACUGGGUUGAUGAACCUUGCAAUAACCAUUUCAACCCCAUAUGCAAAAUGCCGGUACCGGUAAAUGGAAAUCGUCCUAGUGUUGUUGGAUAGUACAUACUAAAGGAAAGACUUUACCACCGAUCGACUCGUCACCGCCUCCUCUGCAUUCCUUAUAACAAAAUUGAAUGUUUUAUUUUCGAUAUAUUUAUAUUCUUUAAACAACAGCAAACCAUUAAUGGGUAUAAAUAAACAUAAGUAUGGUA